CCGUGACUGUGUGUGUGCAGGAGCUCACUGGUUGACGCGACGCCCGAGGGGUAACACACCCGCCGAUCCCCUCUCCCUUCCCUCACUCACCGUGCUUCCCUUUCCCUUGCCCUCAACCCUCAUGCACCGCUGUCCCCGCCCUGUCCCUUCGCCUCCCUACUGAAGGCGUCCCGAGCAGUGCAUCACGUGCCUCCUCACCUAUACUCAAGGAACACGUGUGGGUCGAGCCUCAAAGUUCUUCCCUCAAGGUAGGAAGGGGAACCUGUCUGCCCCUGGUGGAUGACUGACCGGCUCUUCACUCCGACCUACACCGUGGAGGGAGUUGAGUAUAACGCUAAGAACGGCGUCUCACUAAACAACAGAAUGGAACCGCCGUCUGUCACUACUGUGGGUGUGGGCAAGGGUUUGGACGCCAACCAGUAUGCGACCAAGAAGACUGUGGCGCAGGGCAUGCUGGACGUGGCCCUGCUCACUGCCAACGCCUCGCAGCUCAAGUACGUGCUGACCAUCGGCGAGGCACACGAGUUCUACCACAUCAUGCGGCUCAUCAUCACCUCCCUCGUGCUGCAGCUGCUUGUCGGAAUACUCUCGCUCUCCCUGUCUUUCCUGCGGGACUGUCGCCUGCACCUGAAGGACUACCACACCUCUGCCAACGUGCUCAGCCACAUCAACCUGGUCUCCGUCUUCGUCAUCGCCUCCCUCAACGUGAUCAUCAACGGCUUUGGAGUGAUGCCUAACACUUCCCAGAUUAUUCGCUCCGUGAUUGUGUGACGCGCUCUCGAGAAACUCAACCCACUUCAGACCUACUCCUUGUUCGUCUUUACUUAAUAAUGCCCUUAGGUUUAACUCCUUUAGUACUGGAACACAUUUUUAACAUGAGUUUUGGGUGUGAUUAGACGAUUUUAUUUACAUUAGGAAAGGUCUAUGGAGGUCGGAAGAUUAAUGGUCAGUCUUCACUAUUUUAAUUUCCCCCCGAAGCUGUAUAAAAUCAGCAACUAGUAACCACUUUUUGAAUAUGGAAACGCGUCAUGGUACUGAAGGGGUUAAGCAAAAGAAUAUUCCUUUUUGUAGUCGCCCUGGCUUAUUCAAUUACUGUACAUUCCCCCUAAGAACAUAUUAUGAAUUGUGAAGAAAAACUCAACUCGA